AAGAGAGAGCGCGAAACUUCCCGGCAGAGCCGGAUACCCAGGUUACCCUGGCGACGGGGCUCUAGUGAAGACGCCUCCGUCCGACCUGUCCGGAACCGCGAAGCCUCCGUGGCUGGUUGCCUCCUGGGUGGGUGCUCCUCCCGUCUCCGCGCGUUUCUCAGCAUCUUAUUCCUUCAGCAACAAUUCAGAAUUUUGCAGAAGUUCCUGGAAAAGAAAUUGCUGCUUUCUACCAUUACAUCUCCCAAAGAAAACUUGUUCUGAGAAGAACAGGUAGACCAGUAAGAUCAAGAUGCCAGUAUAUAUCCGGAAAGGACCCCUGGAGCCCACUUAUGAAGAACAGGAUUGGAUAAAGGAUGAAGAAGGAGAUUAUUUCCUAAAGGAUCCAGAUCAAAUCCUUGAUUCCCUGCCUCAGCCCUUCAGGAUGAUCAAUAAACUAGUGAACCUACUGUUUGACCGGGCAUGGGAAAUCAUUGAGGAGAGAGAAGCAGCAAAGGCAAUUACAAUACUUAAGAUUAAGCCAACUGUCUAUUUACCAAGUAAAAAAUUCCAGCUUUCGAGUGUGCCAAACUGCAUUGCCAUCUGUAAAGACUAUGUGUUUGUUGGGUCAUCCAAAGGAUUGAGAGUCUUCAAUUCGUUGUUCAAUUAUUCAUGUAUUUGUAGUUGGGAUUCAGUCAAAAUUGAGAUCGUGUCCAUCUCGGCUACAGAAAUUGGGAAUGAAGUAUUUGUUGCUACUGUGGAUGAAAUGGGUGUUGUUCGUCUCUUUUAUUUUUACAAAGAAUUUCUUUACCUAAUCAAAGCCAUCAAUGAAGUGGAAGAUAUUAGCAAGCAGAGUACAUGUUUGAAUUUGCAAAUUUCUCCUGGAGGGAAUUUUAUGGCCGUACUUCUCCAAGGAACUGGGGACGUUUGGCUAGAUGUGUAUCGAUUGCCCAAGGACUCCUGGCUUAAGGAAAUGGAGCAACCUCAUCCAUCUUUUCUAUCAAAGAAGAAAAUUAGCCAUUUUCAUCUAAAAUCCGUUGAAUCGGCAGAUCUUACAGAUAUGGAAAAUCAUUCUCUGAAAACAGACAUUAAAUUAAGUGGUCCAGUUCAAAUAAUGAAGCUUAAAUCACCCAAACCAGUUACAGGUACUCCAUUUAAAAGCCCACUGGAAGUCUUUCAAAAGAUAGAAAAUUUGUGUGGGUUGGGCUCUGGGCAAAACCACAUGAUUAAAGAUAGCCAAUUGGAGCAGCAGGCAGCAAUCUUUGAAGUUUUAUUUAAAAAGUAUCUGCAUGUGGAAUGCCCAGAGGAAAAUCUAAGUGUUGCAAUGUUCCAUUUUCUCCUCCCUGGACAUAUACUUAUGUUGCCUACUGAAACCAAGGUUCCCUCAGGUGUGGCCUGUGCUCUGGGUAUACACUGGCCUGGAAGCCAUAAUUUCUUCCUCUAUUCACUUGUCCGACCUCCAAGAGACAAAGAGAAAGAGAAGGAAAAGGAGAAGGAGAAAGAGAAGGAGAAGGAGAAGGAGAAAGAGAAAGAGAAAGAUAAGGAGAAAGAGAAAGAGAAAAUUGACCCUGAUCCGAAGCCUGAUGGAGUGUGGCCAGCUGCAGCACCAAUUACCAACUCAGCCAUCAGCCCCUGCACAUCUUACCUAGUGCUGGCUUGUGAGGAUGGAGUAAUUACAUUGUGGGAUAGAGCCCAUGGAUUCCUACUUGCUGUGAUCUCCCUCCCGGAAGGGUGUUUAUGCAAAAAUCUUCACUUCAUGAUAAAUUGUGAAAACCCCAAGGAAUACCCAUUCCCACAGUUUGUGGCCACCUCCAAAGUGCAGGUUCUGGUGUUGUGCACCGAUGGGUCUCUUCACCUGGUAAAAUCAGAAAGAUCCAAGGAACCCAGCAUCAGUGUGAUUGUGGAGAGGCCUGUGAAGCAUCCAAAUGAAACUAUUUGUGCUGUGGCUCCCAUCUCAUCCUUACCUUCUAUGGUACUGCUCUUUAUUUGGGAUGGAUCCGUGUAUCUGAUGGAUGUGACCAAGUCACAGAUCAUCUGUGAAUUGGGUCUCCCUCCCUCUUAUCAUUUGGGAAACCCCUGGCAGCCCAUGUUUGCAUUGUCUCCAGAAGGCCAUCAUGUGCUCAUCCGGGGAGACAAAAAAGAUAAUACUAACUAUCUGAGGAAUAACUGCAGCAUUUUCAUUUUUAAAUUUGAGUCCUACCAACUAAUAAAGACUUUUUUAUCUGAAGAUAAAUCUUCUCACCCUGGUUCAUCAGAAAUUAGCAACUUUACCCAGCAAUUGCCUUUGGAGAAGAGAUGUGAAAUUUUCCUUCAAAACCGACUUAAGAACUCUAGCAAAACCCAGCACAAUGCACCAGAGUAUUUGCUUCAACUACAGAAAAGCUCCUUAUUUCUGGAGAAAGAAAGCCACAAAAAGCUAUGAUCAUCUGCUCUUCAAGGUCCUAUGAGAAAGGUACUACAGUUCUCCAGCUCUUAGUAGAUAUCACCUGGACUGAUAUUUAUUGGUUUCAUAGUCAAGAGUCUUUUUGGUUUUUGUUUGUUUGUUUGUUUGUUUUUAUACUUGUACCCAUCCAUUCCCAAACAGUUGAUGACUUUAGCACUGUUCAUUAUUGAAGGAUUAUGAUUUCAAAAGGUUAACCCUUUAUUUAGCGUGGUACUCUGGAGAUAAGGAACAUUUUCCCCAAAAAUUAGCUUUGGGACAUCAGUCUGAUACCAUAACUAGAGGUAACUAGAGUGAAAAGACUACUUGGGGGGGGUGCUCCAGCUAGUAGGUUUUUCCUCUCACACUUGUACAAAUUGGAUUGAAAAUCAACUGAGUCAUCCAAAUAAAGAGUGAUUUAUUUUCUGGUCA